CUAAAAAAACCUUAAGGUACGAAAUUCUCAGUGUUUUAUGUUUUGUUCAAAGAAUUGCCAGCCGGGAAUAAAGCAGAUCCAUCGCCAGAGCCAGUAACUAUGCCCCAGGGCAGGCCGACCGUCCUGCAGCAGCUGCAGCAGUUGAAAAACGAGGAGCUCCUCCAGUUGUGUCGUGAAUAUGGGUUAGUGGUGGCCCAGGUGUCGUUCAUCAACCGGCGGCACGUGGAGCGGCGGCUGACGGUGGCGGUGAUCGGGGAUCGGGCCAGGGCCCGGGUACGGGAGCAGAUCGCCAGGGAACGCGAGGAGCAGUACUCGCAGAAUCCCUCUGGACGCUCCUCGGUAUACAGGGAAAUGCAGGCUUGGCGCCCGUCUUCUCCGCGUUGGAUACGUUCUUCCACCUUUACAUCUCCCUCGGUUCGCCUUCUGAGGCCCUCCGCCGUACCGGUCAGCCCGCGUCGAUCCGGAGCCACGCCACUGUUUCGUCGCAGGUUUCAGCGGCAGCCAGGACCUUCAAUUUUGGAUAGAGCUUUGUCCUCCGUCCAAGAGGCAAACUUCUUCGGCUACCAGGUGCCCUCUCUGCUGUGGCGGUAUGCCAGUAGGGGACUCGGAUACAGGCCUCUACGCCCCGCACGCUUUCGCGGCGGCCAGGGAGAGGAAACGGUCGAUCUGAGCCAGGAGCAGGAGCAGGAGCAGGAGGUUGAGAGCCGGUACUCGGAGGAGUCCCAAGAUCAGUAUGAGGCUCAAUAUCAAGAGGAUGAUCAGAUGCUGUAUGAAGAACGAUAUGAAGAUGACGAUCAAAUGCAGUCUCGAAAUCAGUAUGAGGAGGAUCAGCAGAACGAAGAGCAAUAUCAUGAAUAUGGGAAUCAGAAUGAGUUCGAGGAUGAGAUGCCGUACACCGGGGAGCCAUCGAGUUACGGAGCCACCGGCUAUUACAGCCACGAUAAUCACGAAACUGUCUCCAUGGCCGAGCAGUCGGAGGAUCAGCGACUGCUGGAAUUGCAGCUGCAUAGCACCUACGGCGAGGACCGGCCCCAAGUGUCCUUAAACUCCCCGCUUCCUUACAAUUUUCAAGAGCUGGCUCAACUGAAUCUCAUCGAUCACCAGGAUCGCAUCGAUCCCCAGGAUCCUAUGCUACCAACUGCGCUCCGAAUUAACCAACAACCCGAUGCCGAAAGCGAUCCGGGGGAAUAUCUAUCCUGCAUAAGCUCGACAUCUUCCUUUCACGAUGCCAUCGACCAGCCGGUGGGCAUAGUCCGAGCCUUGCCCAUGAAGAAGCGCUUCGACUGGUUCGGGUGGAUGAAGACCAUCAUGGCACCGCGGCCCAAGGGCCAGAACGAGCGCAUCGCCAAGAGCGACCAGACUCGGGAAUAUAACCUGGACAGCGAGCGCGAGCUCGUCACCAUCGACUAUCUGAAGGAUGUCGAUUCGAAGGCGGAGCUGGAGCUGGAGACACCACUGUUGGAGCUAAUGAGUCGCCACGAGCUGAGGCAAAGCAGCGAAGAGGACGAAGACUCUAUCGGCAGCCCUACCGAUCUCCAACCCGGCUUCUUCCGUCAGAUCUUCGAGCUGCUAUUUUGCGAUCCGCAAGGCAGUCUGGACAUAAAGAAGGUCAGCCGCAGCCUCUUCUGCUGUGGCGCGUCGCUCUUUCUUUAUGUUUCCUUCAAACUGAUGCACUAAAUGUGAUCUUUGGGUCAGGGAAUAUUUAAAUGGUUCGUCCUCUGGUUAGAUGAGAUUAAAGCUGGUUCGGAGUUCUUCAA